AAACCGAUUAAUUCUUGCGACUUUCGUCCAGCACGUCCCUUCCGUAUUGUAACCGGCAGCGAAGACAACACCAUUGGCGUCUUUGAGGGUCCGCCAUUCAAAUUCAAAAUGACCAAACAGGAGCAUUCGCGCUUCGUGCAGGCUGUACGUUAUUCACCUGAUGGUAAAUUUUUCUCCUCGGCUGGUUUCGAUGGCAAAGUCUUCCUUUACGAUGGCGCCAACUCCGAUUUGAUUGGCGAAUUCGGUAGUCCUGCACAUAAGGGUGGCGUUUAUGCUGUUGCAUGGAAACCCGAUAGCACACAAUUGCUUACCUGCUCCGGUGACAAGACUUGCCGCUUGUGGAAUGUGGAAACACGUGAAUUGAUCACCGAAUUCGUAAUGGGCACCACCGUUGAUGAUCAACAAGUUUCUUGCUUAUGGCAAGGCGCACAUUUGCUCACCGUAUCCUUGUCGGGUAACAUUAGCUAUUUGAAUGUUGAUGACCCGUCAAAGCCACUGCGUGUAAUUAAGGGUCAUAAUAAGCCAAUCACUGUACUCGGUUUGAGCGAUGAUCGCAGCACCAUCUAUACGGGCAGCCACGAUGGCGUAGUAACGAACUGGAAUUCGGGCAGUGGCGUGAAUGACCGCAUUAGCGGCGCCGGACAUGGUAAUCAGAUCAACGGCAUUGUCGCCUGGGGCGAUUUCGUCUACACCUGCGGCAUCGAUGACAGCCUGCGUCAAAUAAGCGUUGAAAGCAACAGCUAUACUGACUACGUUGUCAAACUGAAUUGCCAACCACGUGGUUUAGCGAUUUUCCGCAACGAAAAUAUAAUCGCGCUCGCUUGCGUCAAAGAACUGACACUUGUACAGGACAAUAAAAAGGUAUUCUCACUACCAAUCAAGUAUGAGGCAAGCUCGAUCUCUGCCAACCCCGAAACAUUGGAUGUAGCAGUGACCGGCGACGAUCACAAGGUGCAUGUUUACACACUUAAGGGCACCACGUUGGAAGAGAAAAUCGAACUGCAGCACCUGGGACCGGUAACCGAUUGUUCGUACUCACCUGACAAUAAGUAUUUGGUAGCAUGCGAUGCGAAUCGCAAAGUCAUACUCUAUGCCGUCGAAGAGUAUAAUCUUGCGCACAACAAGGAAUGGGGCUUCCACAAUGCGCGUGUCAAUACCGUGGCUUGGUCACCAAAUUCGCUUUUAGUUGCUAGUGGUUCGCUGGAUACUACCAUUAUUAUUUGGUCUGUAGCCAAUCCGGCCAAGCACACCAUCAUUAAAAAUGCUCAUCCACAAUCGCAAAUUACACGCUUAGUAUGGUUGGACAACAACACUGUGAUCUCUACUGGUCAAGAUUGCAAUACCAAAGUAUGGGAAGUUGAAACUAUUUAAGUUCAAAACUUCAAAUUAAGGAGGAGCGGAAAAACGCAACGACUAUAUUUAUAGAUUAUGCCUAACCACACUUUAGCCGCCGUUUGCUUUGUUUACUUAUACGACGUCCAAGAUGAUAUACUAUAGCAGUAGCAAGUCGUUUGUCGGCUCCAAAGAUAUUUCUAUGCAUUUUUCUACACAAACACACAGCAUUACUAAAUAGUACUUUUGUCGGCGGUCACACAUUGCCCCACCGACAACGCCAACGUGUAUCAAAUACGCUCAUCUGUAAAAACUAACUUAUCAGCUGCCAAAAACAGAGUCUAAAACUUGUAUUAUCAUUUUUGCUACCACUAAUUAAGUUCUAUAGUGACAGUCUAUUAAUUUUAUUUUUUUGUCUUUGCUCAACGAAGUGUUUUUAACAAGCUUGCUAUAUUUGUAUUAAUUUGUACAAGAUAUUAUGUACUUUAAUUUUGGACAAAGAAAAAUUUACUUACCACAUAUUUUGUAUGAUUGUAUAACCCUUCGGUCCUAACACUUAGGCAGUGAGUCAUUUACUAUGCAAUUAUCUUACAAUUUACAUUAACGUCGUGUAGGAAUAAAUGUGUAAAAUUUCAUUUAUAUAACUCCUUUGUAAUACAUAUAAAUCUAUUUAUUUUGCAUUAUAAUAUUUAAAUGAAAAAUAAAAAAUGAAAUGAUAUUGCGUGAAUUUUUGUAAAAAUAUCGUCGCGCAAGCGUACGCAAACUAAAAUAAAGAAAGUAUUUUGCAAAAAA